AUGAGCAACACCCGUCUUUGCUUGAAACCAAACUGCCCCUGGGCAGUCGAGGAAGCAAGACAACCCUUGGGUGGGCGGCGCCGCCUGUGCUCUGUCUGCCGCCCGUUCCGCUUUCUGCGGAAGCGCUGCCCACAACCUUCGCCUUCAGCGGCGGGGAGCGCCGGCCCGGGGAGCGCCGGCCCGGGGAGCGCCGGCCCGGGGAGCGCCGGCCCGGGGAGCGCCGGCCCGGGGAGCGCCGGCCCGGGGAGCGCCGGCAGCUCACUUGGGCCCCGCGCAGCGGCCGACGGGGCGGGUCCCGGGCAGGCGAUGGCGGACGAGACGCAGGGGCAGCUCUCUCUUCGCGCCGCCGCAGGCGCCUGGAGCCAGGAGGCGGUGGAUCACUUCCUGAGGCUUCAGCGUAUCCGAGCGAGAGACGGGGCGGCCGUCAGGUGGUUCCACGCCGCGAACAGCAAGGCCCGAGCUGCGGAGGCCGCGAGAAGUGAUGUUCACAUGAUAGAAGCAGAUGUUCUUCUUCGUGGAGGCCAGGAAGGAAAUGGAGACCCUAUCAUGGCUCAUCCACCUGAAACAGACAGUGACAUCACAUUGCAGGAAUGGCUACAAGAGAUUGUCAACACAGACAAAGGCAUCAAGCUGGAUUUUAAGAGUCUAGAAGCUGUGAAGCCUUCCUUGGAGCUUCUUCAACACAUGAAGCAGCAUUUGAGGCAACCUGUUUGGAUCAAUGCAGACAUCCUGCCAGGACCUAAUGGAAACAAUGCUCCAGUGGAUGCAGAAAGGUUCCUUGACACUGUCACUUCGUUAUUCCCUAAUGUAACCUUAUCACUUGGAUGGACAACUGGCUGGCACCCCGACAAACACAAUAAAGGCUAUGACUGGGUGAUGGUGACAGAAAUGGCUCAGAUAUGCAGUACACUGUCCCAGCCUGUCACUUUCCCUGUAAGAGCAGCCUUGGUACCACAGUCAGUAUCUGAGCUACGUUGGUUAAUGCAGCAGUCAGAAAGAUACAGCCUCACAGUUUGGACGGGAAGGGAAGAUGUGUAUUCUGUGGAAGAUUUGCUUUGCAUACGAGAAAACUUCUCUGAAAGUAGAGUUUAUUAUGAUAUUUUAGAGCCACAGAACUCUGAAUUCAAAAAAGCCAUAGGAAUAGAAGAAUAGAUACAAAGCAGGCAAUCUCUGACCUCAUAAUGCUUAGCCUCUUUAAAUAUGAAGAUUUCACAAUCAGGAGAAAUGGAUAUUCCUUCCCAAAAGAAUUGUAUAGAACAUAGCAGUUGAUAAUGUUCCCACUCAUAGUCAACAGAAAAUUCUGCUUGGAUAAAUGUGGAGAGCGGGAUCUGUGAUGCCACACAUUCCAAGGAC